UCACCCUUUUCUUCUUCUUUUGCUGCUGCUUCUCUGACACCAUAUCACUCACUGCCUUUCUCCCUUCUCUUCCUUCAGCCUCAGCAUCCAUGGCUGCCGCAGUAACUGCUGCUGUCACCCUCCCUUCCUCCUCUAAGUCCUCCCUCUCAAUCAAAACCUCUAUCAUCCUCCCUCCAGAGAGAAUCGGUUUCAACAAGGUUUCUUUACACUAUAGAAAUGCAUCACUUGGGGGGAAAGCAUUCUCUGUCAGAGCUGAGGUCACUACUGAGACCACCACCGAGGCUCCUAAAAAGGUUGAAAAGAUUUCCAAGAAAAUGGAGGAAGGUGUGAUUGUGAACAAAUACAGGCCAAAGGAGCCAUACACCAGCCAAUGUCUCCUUAAUUCUAAGAUUACUGGAGAUGAUGCUCCUGGAGAGACCUGGCACAUGGUCUUCACCACUGAAGGAGAAGUUCCCUACAGAGAAGGCCAAUCUAUUGGUGUAAUCCCAGAUGGUAUUGACAAGAAUGGGAAGCCUCACAAACUAAGGCUGUAUUCCAUUGCCAGCAGUGCUCUUGGUGACUUUGGAAACUCCCAAACUGUUUCAUUGUGUGUCAAAAGGCUUGUUUACACCAACGAUCAAGGGGAAAUAGUUAAAGGAGUUUGCUCAAAUUUCUUGUGUGAUUUGAAACCUGGUGCCGAUGUAAAGAUAACGGGUCCAGUUGGAAAAGAAAUGCUUAUGCCAAAAGAUCCAAAUGCCACCAUUAUAAUGCUUGCAACUGGAACUGGAAUUGCUCCUUUCCGUUCAUUCUUGUGGAAGAUGUUCUUUGAGAAGUACGAGGAUUACAAGUUCAAUGGAUUGGCAUGGCUCUUCCUGGGUGUUCCUACAAGCAGUUCACUUCUUUACAAGGAGGAAUUCGAGAAAAUGAAGGAGAGAUCCCCAGAAAAUUUCAGGGUAGACUAUGCGGUGAGCAGGGAGCAAACAAAUGAAAAGGGAGAGAAGAUGUACAUUCAAACAAGAAUGGCUGAAUAUGCAGAGGAACUAUGGCAACUGCUGCAGAAGGAGAACACCUAUGUCUACAUGUGUGGGCUGAAAGGAAUGGAGAAGGGAAUUGACGACAUUAUGGUCCCAUUAGCUGCCAAAGAUGGAAUUGACUGGAUCGAGUACAGGAAAGCGUUGAAGAAGAGUGAGCAAUGGAAUGUGGAAGUUUACUAGAUAGCUCUACUUCCUCCUCCUUCUUCUUCUUCUUCUUCAAGGUCAAGGCCAAGGCCACACAGAUUGAGAAAGAGAGAGCAUCUAUGGCCAAAUAAACAAACAAACAUGUGAAUUUCAUCUCUGCUGCUGCAUUCUUUAGAUAAAUAGAUAGGUAAGGUAACCCACAUGCAAUGUUCAAUCUGUUGUUCCAUUUUUCAGUUAAAGAUUACUCUUUUGAGAGAACAUAUAUAUAUGUAUAUCAAAUCUGGUACUUUUUACAGAUUAUUACAGUAUUGAUUCAUCAUUGCUUCCCAA